GUGCCAAGUCGGAAUGUUCCGCUCUAUUGUACUGCGCUCAACGUCAUUACAUAACCCAACUCCGCUGGUAGAAGGGGCUCUUCAGCUUUAUAAAUUGUAUUUGGCACAUCUCAAUGCGGCCUCAGAUAACAAUACCAAAGCAUGCAAUGCGAUUGAAGAUGAAUAUUUAAAGGAAGUGGAAGCAUUUCGGCCUUUCUUUACCAUGUCUGCCUCUUUAGAAGUGGCGCAACAAUAUUCUAAGCAGAUAUAUCGCACUCUAAAGUAUUUCGGACUUCAUGAUGAUCCGCUUAUCCGGCAGUUUGAUCAGCUUUUGAGUCGAGUGAGCAUGCGAGAAGCUGCACAAAGAACGCAGAGUAUAUUUAAAGGAGUUGCGCCCAGUAAAUCAAUAUCUGCAAGCCAAACUUUGUCAAAUGUACUAACCUCCUUAGAUGAACGAGAGGAGACGACUUUACCCAGUGAAUUACCCAACCCCCCUAAGAUUGAUCAGUCAACCCCACCCCGCCCGGGUGCGGUGCGUGUACCACUCCGUUAUCGUGGGCACUGGGUUUUGCAGGAACCCGAAAUCAUUAUCACAAAGAGUGAGCGCCGUGAAGAUCCCUGGUAGUUAUCAGAAUUAGCCUGAAUGUCAUGCUUUUA